AUGUCAGAGAGCGCUAUUGUCAUUUCGCUUUUGGGGCCCGAUAUCAAGAAUACGAAGAUCGAUCCGUCGCUCUUUGCAGAUAUUUACCGCUCAUCUGUCUUUCCUGCAAUGAGAAACCACGGAGUCAGGCGAAUUUUCGCCAUGGGGACAUUGUCCAUCAAACGACCCGAAGACCAUUGGACCAUGUUUCAGACGAUGGUAACCGUCUUCAUGUCGCUCUUUGCAGGCCCAAUCUACAACAACAUGCUGAAUCUUGCGAAGUUGUUUGAGACUGAGGCCGAGGGUCUGGACUGGACGGUCUUUCGGAUCGCUCAAAUUCCCGGCGAGUCGGAUCCCGAGAGCUGGGAGAAAGACAGACAGGAGAAUCUCUUCACCGGAUGGAUCGGAGAGUCUGGAUGGACAUCUUCGAUGAAGAGAGGGGCCUUGGCAAAGUGGCUUGUUGAUGCUGCGGAAGGCAAGGCGGACGAGUGGAAAGGCAAAAUGCCGGCGCUUAGCUCCUCCGCCGCCAAGUAA